UCCGGCCCCGGAUUCGGGGCUGGAAGUCCCUCCCCGAACCCAGCAGCGGGCCUGGGAGGGAGAAGGGGCUGGAGAGGGCCUGGCCUCUCCAAGGGAUGGAGGGGACAGAGGCGGCAGCGGCCAAACCCGCGGGCAGCAGCCCCCAAGGGCCCAAGACAGGGAGUGGAAGAGCCAGCCCCAUGGAGGGGACCUCAGCUGUGGAGUGGAGAGGUCUUGAGUCACAAAUGGAUAAUGGACACCCCCCAAGACCCUGGCCUUGCCCUCAGGAAAACAGAACAUCCAGCCCGAUGGCCCCCCGGCCUCCCAGAGUAUGGGGGGUACAGCUCCAAGGCCCCUCUGUGCUGGAAUCCAAGGUGAGGGCUUUGAAGGAGAAGAUGACAGCAGCCAAACAGGGAGUGAGCCCUUGCUCUGCUUCCCAUGAGCGGUCAUCCCCCAAGAAACCCAAAUGCAGACGAGACAAGGCAGGGGGAGCCGGGACUUCAUCGGAGGGGCCUUUCCUGCCAAGUACUGUAGUGGCUCCUCAUACCCAAAACCUGCCUGAUGGGCAGCUGGACGGCGGCAUCAAUGAGGAAGAACCCGCCAGGGAUGGGGGCCCUGGGCCUCCCAGGCCGCCUGCCCCUGGGCGUGAAUACUGCAACAGGGGGAGCCCGUGGCCUCCAGAAGCCGAAUGGACGCUGCCUGACCAUGAGAGAGGUCCGCUGCUGGGGCCCAGCUCUUUGCAAGAGAGCCCCAUCCAUGGAAUUACUCCCGGACGGCCUGGGGAUCCUGGUCCUUGUAACAAAAUCAUCCACAUUCCCAGCCCGAGGACAGGAAGGUCCUCCCCUUUUCCAGAUGGUGUGGUCACAGAUGCAGAUCUGGAUAGCACAUCCCUGACCUCUGAGGAGGAAUCUGUCCCCGGGACAGCCCUGCUGGGUGAGCGCUGGAGAGCUGGAGACCUGGAGGCUCUGGGCACCGGGAGCAGUGCCUUGUCCCUGUCUGAUCGGGUGGAGAGAAACCGCCUGUUGCUGCAGGAGAUGCUCAGUGUUUCUGGGCAGAGCCCCCGCAAGGCGGGAACCCCCGCCCAGACUCCGUCCUGGGACACAGCUGCACCAGAGCGACCAGUCGGGGAUGUGGACUGGGCCUUGGGCACCUCCUUGCAGGACUCUGGCCAGAACAGGACCGUUGGUCCCAAGCCGGAGCCUGUGCUGAGCCCCAGGCAUGAGGAAGCCACGCAUCUGCUACAGCGUGCCCGCAUGAAGGCCAGGACCCGGCCCCUCCGUGCCAGCCAUGACAUCGUGCCCACCAUUACCCAGGGCAGCCGCUGCCGAGAUGUGUUGAAUCUGGGAGACUGGUGCGUGGAGGAGGAUGCUGCCAUGGCCAUGCUGAGCGGAGGACCCCAGGGCUUUCCCGGCUCAGCAGAUGUUGCCACCAUCAACUCCACGGGCAUCACCCUCUCCCUGUCCUCAGAGGAGCCAGAGUCCAGCCAGGAAUCAGAGGGAAGCCUGCAGAGGACAGGGUCGGGAUCUGGAGGACAUGUGCUGUCAAGUGGAUUGUGCAGGCCGGGUGACCAGGGAGAACCUGUGGGUAUCCCCCGGCCUCCUUCAAGAAGCACGAUUCUCAGGACCUGUGAGCUGCCCCCAUCACAGACCCAGCCCAGCUGCCCUCAGGUCAGGCACCCACUCCUGGCCCUGUCCACCAACAACUGCAACAACAGCGCACCUCGGGGGCUGCAGGAGCCCUACGGGGGAGCCGUCCACGAGGGUAGGGUGGAGAGGGGCCCCUGCAGCCGGGAGCCGGAGCUGCCCCUGGAGAACAGCAGAGAUGGAGGACCCCAGGGCUUUCCCGGCUCAGCAGAUGUUGCCACCAUCAACUCCACGGGCAUCACCCUCUCCCUGUCCUCAGAGGAGCCAGAGUCCAGCCAGGAAUCAGAGGGAAGCCUGCAGAGGACAGGGUCGGGAUCUGGAGGACAUGUGCUGUCAAGAGCAUCAGCAGGGGCUGACACAGGACCUGGCUCCCCCUUGGCUGCCCCUUUGGACCAGAACAAGAAAAGGAGCAGCAGCAUCGCCUCCACCUUGGGGCUGAAAAAGCUCUUCUCAGCCCUUGGCCAGAGUUCCCGGCCCAAGCUGGGCAAGUCCCGCAGCUACAGUGUGGAGCAGCUGCAGCCCGCCGUGCCUGGCCUGGCGUCACACUCCAGGGCCCCGUCGUUACAAUCCCUGCACCCGGUGUCACCCUCUCACCAGCGUCGGAAAGCUGCCUCUUUUCAGAACCUCCAUUCUCUGCUGAGCGGCAAGGGGGAGCGGUCCCGCCUCUACCUGGUAGCGGGGCCAGGGGACCACAGUGCAGCUGGCAGGCCGGCCAAGGCUUCACCACGGCGUGCCCUCAGCGUGGAGGACGUGGGUGCUCCCAGCCUGGCUCGCACCGUGGGCCGCCUGGUGGAGGUGUUCCCGGACGGCACGAGCCAGCUGCAGCUGCAGCGCUCCCCGGGGGGCACUUUCGGCUUCUGCGUGGCCUCUGGGAAUGGGCGCCCAGACUCAGGUAUGCCCUCUCCCCUUCCUCAGCCCCAUAGCCGGGGCAGCCUCAGCAAACCACGGCAGGGCCUUCUGGCUGUGUCAGAGGCUUUUCUGGUCCUUGGCUGAGCCGUGGAGCUCUGGGAAUUCAGAAAGCCCCUGACCACAGGACUAGGCUUCUCCCCUCAGGGGCUCUUUCUGAAUUGUCCAGGGCUGUCUAGGAGUCUGCACCUGCAGAGCCUUUGCCCUGGGCAGCUGCAGCUGAGAGGGUGUUGGUGGGGAGUGUACGGGAGGGGGUAGAGUUGGCAGGUUUGACUCCACUGUCCCCCUGCUGUCUGAUGAUAUCUUGAAAUUAGAAUCUUAGGCAGGCACGGUGGCUCACGCCUGUAAUCCCACCACUUUGGGAGGCUGAGGCGCCUGGAUCACCUGAGUUUAGGAGUUCGAGACCAGUCUGGCCCACAUGGUGAAACUCCAUGUCUACUAAAAAUACAAAAUUAGCUGGGCGUGGUGGUGCAUGCCUGUAAUCCCAGUUACUCAGGAGGUUGAGGCAGGAGAAUUGCUCGAACCCAGGAGGUGGAGGUUGCAGUGAGCCAAGAUUGCGCCAUUGUACUCCAGCCUGGGCAACAAGAGCAAAACUUCGUCUCAAAGGAAAAAAAAAAAAAAAGAAAGAAAUUAGAAUUUUGAAGGCCAUCUUAGCAGAGGAGAGCCAGAGGGAAACUGUCUGUGCCUGCCAGUUCUCAGCAGUCCCUUUGAUGUGGCUGUGUUGAAACGGUUCCUUUCCUCCGGCUGUGGAGUAUGUCUGGGAAGGUGGAGCGUGCCUGUGUGUCUCUGCAUCCCGUCCCCCCCUCAGGCCUGUGCCCGAGGAUUAUGUUCAGAUGAAUCCUGGCUGCAGGCUUCUGGCUGGGGUGUGCUCUGGGUCUCAAUUCAACGCAGGCAAGGGCAGGGAGGAGUCCUGGACAUCAUUCUGCACUCUGGCCAGUUCUCAGUUCCGCCCCAUCCAUGAGUCUUUCAGGGCAACAUGACUUGCCAAGGCCCACACCCAAGGUCUGUGGUCCACAAUGCAUCUCAGGGCAAGGGCCCAUAAAAGAAAGACAUUCCCCAGAGGAGCAGGGAAGGAAGACAGGUAUGCGAGGGUGGGCAAGGAGAGGAGGGGAAGGAAGAAGAGAGAAAGGGAGAGACAGAUACAGAAAGACGCGCACAGAAGCCUGCUGCAGCUGGGCUCUGCCAAUGGGGGGUUGAGUCCUAUGCUUUGAUCUCCUAGGUCAAUGCUGUUUAGCCUGGAAAAAAGUCUGCCUGCUGCCACAUUUGCAGACCGCAGCAUGAGUUCUCAUGUCUGUACCAUCAUUAAUUGUUUCAGCAAAUAUAUACUAAGCACCUACUAUGUGUUAUAGAUACGGGGGAUACAGCAGUAAGUGGAACAGACCAAAUCCCUGUCCUCAUGAAUAUACUACCCAGUGAGCAGUUAGAUUGUAUCUAUAAAAUGUGUACUCUUGUUAUGUAUAAUGUGCUACGUAUGUCAGAUGGUGAAAAGAAAGUUCUGAGAAACACACAGAUAAAGCAGGAGUGUGGGGAGGCUUUUCUGAGAAGAUGACACUUGAGCAGGGCCGUGGAUGGGGCAAAGGAGGGGCCCUGCGGGUGUCUGGGGAAGAGCAUUCCGGCAGAUUGAACAGCAAGUGCAGAGCCCUCGUGGAGGGGUGAGCCUGGCCUGUGAGAACUGUGAGGAGGUCAGGUUGGACACUCUACAGCAGGCAAGGGGUUGGGAGGAGCAGUUUGGAAAGAUGGGGUUGUGCCACUGUAAGGGGCUUUGGCUUUCAUGCUGAAUGAGAUGGGAGCCACUAGAGGGCUCGGAGCGAGCACUGAGGCUCUCUAAUGUCUAUGAGAAUAGACCCCAGAGGGACACAGGUGGAGCCAGGGAGCCCUGUGUUGAAGCUAUUUCAGCAGUCCGGGACAGAGAUGGUGGUACUUGGGCUGGGAAUGGCUGUGGAGAUGGGGAGAGGGGAGAAGGUUGGAUUCUGGUUGAUUUGACUCUUUGCUGAUGAGCUGGACAUGUGUGUAAGAGGAAGACAGGACAGGUUUCUGCCCACUCUGGACCUCAGGAGGAUAAAACGUCCUUCCUCACAGGCCUUCCCGUAGCUGCCUCUCCCGUUAGGCGAGCAGGACAGGCCCCCGGACAGGUGUGUGAAGGCGGAGGCAGACAACUCAGCAUGUUUGUGCUCCGGCACCUCUGCUGGCUGAGUGACCUAGAGCGGGCGACAUCCCUGCUGAGCCUCAGUUCCCUAAUCUGUGAAAUGAGGAUGACAAAACCUACCUAGAAGAGUCAUAAGGAGCAUUUGAUAAGGCACACAGGAAAGGGCCUAGCAUUUUUCUUCCCUCCCAUUCAGAAAGAGAAGGUCUGGGGAAGAAAACCCCAGACAGGGACCAGUGUGAUCUGCGUUCCCGUCGACGUGAGUGCACACACAACAGGGCAUUGUACUCUGCCCUCCACCAUCCCCCAGAGUCCCUUUUGGCUCCCUUGUAGGCAGUGGGAGCCCCUCCCCGUCACCCGUCUGGGAGCUGUGAUGGGCAGGGGUCUCUAGUGACCCAGGGUCCCUGGCACCCUUGCCUAAGUUGGUGCCAGCUCCCUGUUCUGCCCAAGCAUUCCCUGGUCCUGCUGCCGUCAUGGGUCACUAGAUGGCACACAGGGGUCCCCACGCACGUGAAGCCUGGCGAGUGCUGGGGCCUCCGUUCCCCAGGCCAUCCUCCAACAGCAGAGGGUCACUUCUUCCAGGCUCCGAGGGGCUGUGAAGAGGGCUGGCUUGUGCCCUGCGCUGAACCGGCAGGAUGCUGGUAUUAACUUGCUGGCUUUCACAUCUGACUCUCUAUGAGUCUGUGAGAACAGCAGGCUUUGCCUUCUGCUUCUAAUUGGAUACAACAUAGAGAUCACACAUCCUCAACAAAGGCCAUUUCCAGCAGACAAUAAAUGCCUACGACAGCAG